CUCAAUCAACAAUAAAGGUUGUCUUACAACUGAGAGUGGUCGGACGUUUUCAAACUUUCGUGCAACUAGGAGCAGGAUUUGCGUUAGGAAGAAAGUGAUUUCACAACGUUUCGUCUCAUUUAACUUGAGAAGAUUAUCAUUUCGAAAUUGGAGGUUUUUGUUAUCAAAAGAUUGACAACUUUUUGGAAUAACCUUUUAGCCAGCAGCACUUUAUGCAGGCAGAGCUGGUUGAUCAACAAUGGUGCAGAUCGGCGUAAUCCUGUUGGUGAUUGCCGUCAUGGCAAACGGCCUUCAAGCGCAAACUGUAACUGUGACUAAAACGGUGACACAAACAGUGACAAAAACAGUGCAACCUUCGACAACCUCUGUAGGAUCAACCUCUGCGACUUCAACAGUGCCGCCCUCGACGAGCUCUCGCUUAUCGACAAGUACCCCCACAAGCAGUGGAACAUCAACCACUGGAACUGUUCAAACAGCAUCAAGUUCAUCGUCAACUGUUGCAACAACUUCAACGACGUCCACAACACCAUCAAGUACGUCAUCAACUAGUACACCAACUUCAACUGUCAUGUCUUCAACACCAUCGAGUACAUCGUCGACCACUAGUACACCAACUUCAACCGUAAUGUCCUCAACACAAUCGAGUACAUCGUCGACCACUAGUACACCAACUUCAACUGUAAUGUCCUCAACACCAUCAAGCACGUCUUCGACUAGUACACCAACUUCAACCGUAAUGUCGUCAACACCAUCGAGUACAUCGUCGACCACUAGUACACCAACUUCAACUGUAAUGUCCUCAACACCAUCGACUACGUCUUCAACUAGUACACCAUCUUCAACCGUAAUGUCCUCAACACCAUCAAGUACAUCGUCGACCACUAGUACACCAACUUCAACCGUAAUGUCCUCAACACCAUCGAGUACGUCGUCGACUAGUACACCAACUUCAACCGUAAUGUCCUCAACACCAUCAAGUACAUCGUCGACCACUAGUACACCAACUUCAACCGUAACGUCCUCAACACCAUCAAGUACAUCGUCGACCACUAGUACACCAACUUCAACCGUAAUGUCCUCAACACCAUCGAGUACAUCGUCGACCACUAGUACACCAUCUUCAACUGUAAAGUCGUCAACGCCAUCGAGUACAUCGUCGACUAGUACACCAACUUCAACUGUAAUGUCCUCAACACCAUCGAGUACAUCGACGACCACAAGUACACCAACUUCAACCGUAAUGUCCUCAACACCAUCGAGUACAUCGUCGACCACUAGUACACCAACUUCUACUGUAAUGUCCUCAACACCAUCGAGUAUAUCGUCGACCACAAGUACACCAACUUCAACCGAAAUGUCCUCAACACCAUCGAGUACAUCGUCGACCACUAGUACACCAACUUCAACUGUAAUGUCAUCAACACCAUCGAGUACAUCGUCGACCACUAGUACACCAACUUCAACCGUAAUGUCAUCAACACCAUCGAGUACAUCGACGACCACUAGUACACCAACUUCAACCGAAAUGUCAUCAACACCAUCGAGUACAUCGUCGACCACUAGUACACCAACUUCAACUGUAAUGUCCUCAACACCAUCGAGUACAUCGUCGACCACAAGUACACCAACUUCAACCGUAAUGUCCUCAACACCAUCGAGUACAUCGUCUACCACUAGUACACCAACUUCAACCGUAAUGUCCUCAACACCAUCGAGUACAUCGUCUACCACUAGUACACCAACUUCAACUGUAAUGUCAUCAACACCAUCGAGUACAUCGUCGACCACUAGUACACCAACUUCAACCGUAAUGUCUUCAACGCCAUCGAGUACAUCGUCUACCACUAGUACACCAACUUCAACCGUAAUGUCCUCAACACCAUCGAGUACAUUGUCGACCACUAGUACACCAACUUCAACCGUAAUGUCAUCAACACCAUCGAGUACAUCGUCGACCACUAGUACACCAACUUCAACCGAAAUGUCAUCAACACCAUCGAGUACAUCGUCGACCACUAGUACACCAACUUCAACUGUAAUGUCCUCAACACCAUCGAGUACAUCGUCGACCACAAGUACACCAACUUCAACCGUAAUGUCCUCAACACCAUCGAGUACAUCGUCUACCACUAGUACACCAACUUCAAUCGUAAUGUCAUCAACACCAUCGAGUACAUCGUCUACCACUAGUACACCAACUUCAACUGUAAUGUCAUCAACACCAUCGAGUACAUCGUCGACCACUAGUACACCAACUUCAACCGUAAUGUCCUCAACACCAUCGAGUACAUCGUCGACCACAAGUACACCAACUUCAACCGUAAUGUCCUCAACACCAUCGAGUACAUCGUCGACCACUAGUACACCAACUUCAACCGUAAUGUCCUCAACACCAUCGAGUACAUCGUCGACCACUAGUACACCAACUUCAACCGUAAUGUCAUCAACACCAUCGAGUACAUCGUCGACCACUAGUACACCAACUUCAACCGAAAUGUCAUCAACACCAUCGAGUACAUCGUCGACCACUAGUACACCAUCUUCAACUGUAAUGUCCUCAACACCAUCGAGUACAUCGUCGACCACAAGUACACCAACUUCAACCGUAAUGUCCUCAACACCAUCGAGUACAUCGUCUACCACUAGUACACCAACUUCAACCGUAAUGUCAUCAACACCAUCGAGUACAUCGUCUACCACUAGUACACCAACUUCAACUGUAAUUUCAUCAACACCAUCGAGUACAUCGUCGACCACUAGUACACCAACUUCAACCGUAAUGUCCUCAACACCAUCGAGUACAUCGUCGACCACAAGUACACCAACUUCAACCGUAAUGUCCUCAACACCAUCGAGUACAUCGUCGACCACUAGUACACCAACUUCAACCGUAAUGUCCUCAACACCAUCGAGUACAUCGUCUACCACUAGUACACCAACUUCAACCGUAAUGUCAUCAACGACAUCGAGUACAUCGUCUACCACUAGUACACCACCUUCAACUGUAAUGUCAUCAACACCAUCGAGUACAUCGUCGACCACUAGUACACCAACUUCAACCGUAAUGUCCUCAACACCAUCGAGUACAUCGUCGACCACAAGUACACCAACUUCAACCGUAAUGUCCUCAACACCAUCGAGUACAUCGUCGACCACUAGUACACCAACUUCAACCGUAAUGUCCUCAACACCAUCGAGUACAUCGUCGACCACUAGUACACCAACUGUAAUUUCCUCAACACCAUCGAGUACAUCGUCGACUAGUACACUAACUUCAACCGACAUGUCCUCCACACCAUCGACUACGUCUUCGACUAGUACACCAACUUCAACCGUAAUGUCCUCAACAACAUCGAGUACGUCGUCCACUAGCACACCAACUUCAACCGUAAUGUCGUCAACACCAUCGAGUACAUCGUCGACUAGUACACCAACUUCAACCGCAAUGUCCUCAACACCAUCGACUACGUCUUCGACUAGUACAACAACUUCAACUGUAAUGUCCUCAACAACAUCGAGUACAUCGUCCACUAGCACACCAACUUCAACCGUAAUGUCGUCAGCACCAUCGAGUACAUCGUCGACUACUAGUACACCAACUUCAACUAUAAUGUCCUCAACACCAUCGAGUACAUCGUCGACCACUAGUACACCAACUUCAACCGUAAUGUCGUCAACACCAUCGAGUACAUCGUCGACCACUGGCACACCAACUUCAACCGUAAUGUCCUCAACACCAUCGAGUACAUCGUCGACCACUAGUACACCAACUUCAACCGUAAUGUCCUCAACACAAUCGAGUACAUCGUCGACCACUAGUACACCAACUUCAACUGUAAUGUCCUCAACACCAUCGAGUACAUCGUCGACCACUAGUACACCAACUUUAACCGUAAUGUCCUCAACACCAUCGAGUACAUCGUCGACCACAAGUACACCAACUUCAACCGUUAUGUCCUCAACACCAUCGAGUACAUCGUUGACCACAAGUACACCAACUUCAACCGUAAUGUCCUCAACACCAUCGAGUACAUCGUCGACCACAAGUACACCAACUUCAACCGUAAUGUCCUCAACACCAUCGAGUACAUCGUUGACCACAAGUACACCAACUUCAACCGUAAUGUCCUCCACACCAUCGAGUACAUCGUCGACCACUAGUACACCAACUUCAACUGUAAUGUCCUCAACACCAUCGAGUACAUCGUCGACCACUAGUACACCAACUUCAACUGUAAUGUCGUCAACACCAUCGAGUACAUCGUCGACCAAUAGUACGCCAACUUCAACCGAAAUGUCCUCAACACAAUCGAGUACAUCGUCGACCACUCGUACACCAACUUCAACCGUAAUGUCCUCAACACCAUCGAGUACAUCGUCGACCACUAGUACACCAUCUUCAACUGUAACGUCGUCAACGCCAUCGAGUACAUCGUCGACCACUAGUACACCAACUUCAACUGUAAUGUCCUCAACACCAUCGAGUUUAUCGUCGACCGCUAGCACACCAACUUCAACCGUAAUGUCCUCAACACCAUCGAGUACAUCGUCGACCACUAGUACACCAACUUCAACUGUAAUGUCAUCAACACCAUUGAGUACAUCGUCGCUCACUAGUACACCAACUUCAACCGUAUUGUCCUCCACACCAUCGACUAUAUCUUCGACUAGUACACCAACUUCAACCGUAAUGUCCUCCACACCAUCGAGUACAUCGUCGACCACUAGUACACCAACUUCAACCGUAAUGUCCUCAACACCAUCGAGUACAUCGUCGACCACUAGUACACCAUCUUCAACUGUAAUGUCCUCAACACCAUCGAGUACAUCGUCGACCACUAGUACACCAACUUCAACUGUAAUGUCCUCAACACCAUCGAGUACAUCGUCGACCACUAGUACACCAUCUUCAACCAUAAUGUCGUCAACACCAUCGAGUACAUCGUCGACCACUAGUACACCAUCUUCAACAGUAAUGUCCUCCACACCUUCGAGUACAUCGUCGACCACUAGUACACCAUCUUCAACUGUAAUGUCCUCAACACCAUCGAGUACAUCGUCUACCACUGGUACACCAUCUUCAACCAUAGUGUCGUCAACACCAUCGAGGACAUCGUCGACCACUAGUACACCAACUUCAACAGUAAUGUCCUCCACACCUUCGAGUACAUCGUCGACCACUAGUACACCAACUUCAACUGUAAUGUCCUCAACACCAUCGAGUACAUCAUCGACCACUAGUACACCAUCUUCAACCAUAAUGUCGUCAACACCAUCGAGUACAUCGUCGACCACUAGUACACCAACUUCAACAGUAAUGUCCUCCACACCUUCGAGUACAUCGUCGACCACUAGUACACCAACUUCAACUGUAAUGUCCUCCACACCAUCGACUACGUCUUCAACUAGUACACCAACUUCAACUGUAAUGUCCUCCACACCUUCGAGUACAUCGUCGACAACUAGUACACCAACUUCAACUGUAAUGUCCUCCACACCAUCGACUACGUCUUCAACUAGUACACCAUCUUCAACCGUAAUGUCCUCAACACCAUCGAGUACAUCGUCGACCACUAGUACACCAUCUUCAACUGUAAUGUCGUCAACGCCAUCGAGUACAUCGUCGACCACUAGUACACCAUCUUCAACCGUAAUGUCCUCAACACCAUCGAGUACAUCGUCGACCACUAGUACACCAUCUUCAACUGUAAUGUCGUCAACGCCAUCGAGUACAUCGUCGGCCACUAGUACACCAACUUCAACCGUAAUGUCUUCAACACCAUCGAGUACAUCGUCGACCACUAGUACACCAUCUUCAACUGUGAUGUCGUCAACGCCAUCGAGUACAUCGUCGACCACUAGUACACUAACUUCAACUGUAAUGUCCUCCACACCAUCGACUACGUCUUCAACUAGUACACCAACUUCAACUGUAAUGUCCUCAACACUAUCGACUACGUCUUCGACUAGUACACCAACUUCAACCGUAAUGUCCUCAAUGCCAUCGAGUACGUCUUCGACUAGUACACCAACUUCAACUGUUAUGUCCUCAACACCAUCGAGUACAUCGUCUACCACUAGUACACCAACUUCAACCGUAAUGUCCUCAACGCCAUCGAGUACGUCUUCGACUAGUACACCAUCUUCAACCAUAAUGUCCUCAACACCAUCGAGUACAUCGUCGACCACUAGUACACCAACUUCAACCGUAAUGUCCUCAACGCCAUCGAGUACGUCUUCGACUAGUACACCAUCUUCAACCAUAAUGUCCUCAACACCAUCGAGUACAUCGUCGACCGCUAGUACACCAACUUCAACCGUAAUGUCUUCAACGCCAUCGAGUACAUCGUCUACCACUAGAACACCAACUUCAACCGUAAUGUCUUCCACACCGUCGAGUACAUCGUCGACCACUAGUACACCAACUUCAACCAUAAUGUCCUCAACACCGUCUAGUACGUCGUCAACUGCUACACCAUCUUCAACUGUGAUGUCCCCAACAAUAUCCCCAACGUCAUCUUCUCCACCUGCCCCAACCAUUACUGUGCCAACUACAGUCGCACCUACAGAAAUCGACCCAUCGGCCAAGUUUGACUUGAAGUUCGUAUUGACGAUUCUUCACAACUACACAUCAAACAUUGAUGACCCGAAUAAUGCGGCUCACAUGAACCUUGCGAAUGCUGUUGUGUCUUUCUUGCGAUUCAUCAUGAACUUCAUCUUCCGUAUUGUUUACGAAAUUCCCAAGAUAACGAAAGGAUCUGCCAUUGUUGACGUGAACAUGAACAUUCCUUUAGAAGACCUGAAGAUCGCAUCAGAUGCCGUUAAAGGGGAUUUUAACCUCAGUGCCAUGGUGUAUGACGCGGUAUACAAUGCAUCCAUUCACAACAUAACCGUUGAUGGUGGUAAAUCGGUGCAGUAUGGUGAACUGCUGAAGUCCAUAGAGAGAGCCUUUCCGAAAUCCUACAGUCCCUGUAACUCCAACCCUUGCAAGACGGGACGCAAAUGCGUUGACCUACAACCAGAAAAGGAAUAUAACUUCUACUUCGUUUGUCAAUCUAAGUGCAAGGACUACUUUUGUGGCAUUUAUUCCGAAUGUCGUCUAGGCCCGGAGGGUGAACCUUCGUGUAUAUAUUCCGAGGCAAGUGUCAAGAUUUUCAUUGGAAUCGCAAUCGGUCUUUGCUUCGCCCUCAUCACCAUCGUAGGAAUCAUUUGCCUGAUCUGCAGGUGGAGGAAGGCGGACACUAGAUCAAGAAGGGAAGACGGGGAGAGCGACCCCACAAUCCUAGGAAUUGGUCCUGAGGUACACUCGGCCAGGAAUGCUGCUUUUUUUGAUGAUGAGUCGGACCAACAGUAUGAUAACUACGACUCAUACCUGGCUUUCCAGACGGACUCCAUCAGUAAGGCGAUGAAUAUUCCCCGCCCAAACAUUAGUCCCGAGAAACUUGGCUUACAUAGACUGACGCCUUCACUGGAUCGCGGAUCACCUUACGAACGAACGAGGGGAACCAACACUGAGCUUUGAAGAAAAACAACAAGUAUUAAAGACUGCCAAGCAAAUUAAAUACGGGACGUUGGAUAAGCCGGAGGUCAUCAUUUCGACAAAGCAGACGCGCAUUGUGGGCUUGAGAUUUCCCUUCCUUUUUCGUAGAAGGGGGAUUAUUUUAGGGGCCUGGUUGUUCAGCAUCAAAUGUUUCUUCAUUCGAUGGACAAUGCGAUGAUUUGUUUACCGUUCGCGACAACCACAACAAGAAACACCAGCGCCCCCUGUCGAACAGGCCACUCUUGGACAAACCUGCAUUGUCGCAUUCUACAAACUCAGGUGCUUCUGAAUCAUGUCAUCAUCUGUUUUGACAUCGAUUUUUUUUCUUGCCAUAGAAGAGGGCUUUUUUUCACAACUUGUCAAUUCCAUGAGAUGUUGGCUGAUAUUAUAAAAGACUAGUAAAUGCUUUUACUUUGAACUUCAUGUACAUUUACACUAGCCAUCUCUGUAGAAAACUGUAGUAACAGCAUUUAGUAGUCUUUAUAAAUAUUAGCCGUUGUCACUGCAAAGAAAAUAGUCUAAAGUGACUGGAAACAUCCUCAGUAGACGUAAAUCCCUUUUAUUUCUGGCAACGCCCAUUUGUUUUGCUUGUAGUUAAACAGUAUGGGCUGGACCCACGCCGAAUCAUUGUAACAAAUAUUGCAAACUGUCAAACAUUGCGGCAUUGUAUAAUAGAGAUGUACAUAUACUGCCAACAUUUCGAACGAGGUGGUCAUGGCUUAGCGGGUGUGUAAAACACUUUCUUCUUCAGGUGACUUGUAUUUACACUGGGUCGUGUUUGAUUGGACACUCUUGUUCCAUCCAACUACAAUAUCAAUAACUUUAUACUGUCUCGUACUUGAACGUUGUGGUUUUGAUGGACCGUGGGGUAGGAGAUGCCUCUUUAUAAUGGCAAAUUAGCGAAACAUAAUCUGACAUGCCUAGCUCCAGUCUAUAGUCUUCCUUUAAAUGAUGUCAUUUCUUUCCUAAUGGAGAUUUAGGUAUACAACAGUGACUGUGAUAAUUCGCAUACGCCUAAAGCAGGAUUUUGAAGGCAUGGAGACUUCCGGUUGUUUUGUCCAAUCAAAAGCUGCCAUUUCUUCUCCAUAGUGAAGAAUAGCCAAAACAAAUGACUAAUCAGAACUUGCUUUUGGAAAUGCGGGUGCCCGUCAUCUCUUCAUGUGAUCUAUGUGUGAUUGUAUAUUUUGUAACAUGUUAUUUAUUUCGUAUGUCAUUUUCAUUUAAUCUGUCAUUUUCAUUAAUAAAAACAAUGUAAAAGAAAA